AGAGACAAAAGAAAUUUUGAUGAAAAUGCAGAACAACUUGGUUCUACUUAUCCUCUCGAUUCUUUCAAUUUUCGAGGUUUCGGCCUAUUCAAAUGUCGAAAAAGGAGCUGCAGCUAGAGCUAGAUGUUGGACAAGCGGGAACGGACGGCCAGCUCAAUGGUGGCAGGAAGGAGACCAAGUGACACGUGGAAAAUACUUUUAUGAGUGUAGACGUGGACAGUUGGAGCCACUUGGAUGUCUGUCAAGCACAGAGGAAAAGAUUCCACUUGGACAUACUUUCCAACAAGAUAGAUAUGAGUUCAUUUGCCAACUUGGAAGCGACGGUUAUAUCGAAUUCGGCUACAGCGCAUGUGUCGGCACAGAUGGACGUACCUAUCAAAAAGGAGAGACUUGGACCGAUGCCAAGAACACUUACUACUACCGUUGCCGUGACGAUGGUCGUGUUGUCAAAACGACAAUUGAAGGAUGCAUUGCCCAUGAUAAGCAACGACGUGUCCCACUUGGUCAGACAGACGAUUUCAACGGAUACACUUAUAAAUGCCAACAAAAAACUACUGGAGUCGUUCAAAUGUGCAGUGUUGGAUGUAUUCAUGAGGGAACUCGAUACACUGUUGGACAACAAUACAGAGACGGAGACUACCUCUUCUAUUGCAAGUUGCAAGGUGGAAAGUGUACGAAGCAGUGCAUCGGAUGUGUUGCUGGUGGACAAGACUUGUAUGAUGGACAACGGUACAAAAGAGAUGGAACCACUUAUCAGUGCGAGAUCCGUCCAGGAAAACGAAGCCACCGUGCCGUCGGAUGCUCGAUUGUUGAAAAUGGUCGUGACAUUAACAAGGUGAUCGGAUGUAGAUGGUAUGAGCAGAACCCAGACUGGAAGAUCGAGAAGACCUGCGAAACUGACGGAGAUAACAAGACAAAGGUCACCACAGUUGGAUGCAUCUAUAAAUACAAGGGAUUCGAUCGAAUUUUCCUUGAGCCAGGAAAGUACACAAUUUGGAAUCUUCCAAAACAAAAGGAUUCAUCAGUUGGACUUGCUUGCCGAAAGACUGCUGACGGUGCCGAGUUGGUGAUCUUCGAUGUGGCACAGUUGGAAAGGAAUACGUCUGGACUUAAGUACGAUUUGCCACGUGGCAAAUAAUCACGUUGUUUUGACUAGGUGACCACAGCGAGCUUUCUCUUGUUAUUGUACCCCCGAGAAUACGUGUAAUUUUGUUGAAAUGUCGUGAGAAAUAACCUAAUAAUUGUGCUUCUUCUAUUUCUUUUCUGAAGUUUGAUAAUAAAUAAAGAAUAACUAUAUUC